UCCACCACGUUAUUUUGUUUCAAAAAAUUAUAUUUUUUUAAAUCACUUUAGUGUUUUUUGUUUUAUUUAAACACGAAAUGUGGAUUUAUUCGACGUUAUUUGUAAUUUUAACAGGAUUUCACAUUGGAAGAACAGCUGAUUGGGGUUAUUGGGGGGACCAUGAGCCUAAUAAAUGGCCAGGAACAUGUUCAACGGGAAAACAACAAUCACCUAUUAAUAUAGUAACUGCAAAUACGAUAAAUACAGAUUUGGGUGAAUUAAAAUUUAUCAGAUACGAUCAUCCAUUUACUGGAAAAGUUACUAAUUCUGGACAUACAAUAAGAGUCGAUCUAUUCGAGUAUCCAAUGCAAUUGGAAAUCAAACAUCUCUCAGCUAAUUAUACGUUCGUUCAAAUGCAUUUUCAUUGGGGAUCUGAACACACUAUUGACGAUAAACGUUAUCCUUUGGAAUUGCAUCUGGUUCAUUACAAUGACGAUUACAUAAAUGACCUUGUUGCUUCUGAACACAGAAAUGGUUUGGUCGUGUUAACUAUUUUAUUCGAGAUGGGUGAGAAUAAUAACGAAGGAUUAGAGCCAAUAAUAAGUGGAGCAAAAUCAGUAACAGAAUGGGUCGGUGCUAGUUUUGUAAGAAUAAAUGGUGAAGUAAUACCUGAAUUACUUCUUCCAAAAAAUCGUCAAAAUUAUUACACAUACAAAGGAUCAUUAACUACACCUGAUUGUAAAGAAGUAGUAACAUGGUUCAUAAUGAAAGAUACACUUACGGUAUCUGAACAACAAUUGGAAGUUUUACAAAACAUCGAAUCACCCGAUGGAACAUUGAAAUUUAAUUAUCGACCAACCCAAAGUGUCAACAAUCGAACAAUUUAUUAUAAUCUUCCAGGAUGUUCGUCCGCUGUGAAAAAUAAUUUCUCCAUAUACCUAUUUGUAGUAAUUUAUUACAUUUUCUUCAUCAAAUUAUCAUAACUUUAUUCCAAUUCCAACGAUUUAUAUCGACGGAUUAUUAAAAUGCCCUGUAAGUAUGAAAAAAGAGAGAAAGACAGAUAUAUAAUUAUUUUUUGCUGUCUUUUUUUAUUUUUUUUUAUUUUUAUAAAAUGCAAAAUGCAUAAGCCACAAGA